UGCAGACCCGCAGCCUCAGUUAAACGGGAGACGCUCAGACGGGACGCACCGCGCCGCGCGUCCGCAGUUUUGCCGGCGUGUCAACUGAACGACGCAAUAGACUACAAACCCCUCGCCCGCGCUUGGACAUGUGUGAGGUCUUUUCCUGGACUUUAACAGAAUUCCGGGGGCGACAGUUGUAUAUGCAGCACGAGGCUCGCGAGUGGAUGUGUGAAGACAUGCGGCGCGUUGCCUGCUAAAUAUUUUGGGACGAUCAGUGAGCGAGAGACUAUGCAGCGGAUAACGGGACGAAGUGUCAGAUGCCGCGUUGGAACUCUCUCGCACUGAACUUUAAUCCCUCCGAAGAGAAACCUGUCGCGCGAGCAGUUACGCACCAUCAGCAGAGGCUCGUCCGCAUGAAUUUUUCUAAAGUGUCGAGCCGGGAUGGAUGUGCUUUUCUAAACGCAUCUGAUCAGCAGAAAGAUGCAGCAUCUCCGGGUGGCGUGGGCGCUCGCGGGAGCGGCGCUGGGCUUUUUCCUGCUUUUCUUGAUUCAAGCGCAUUUCUUCGGAGAAGGUCAGCUGGCGGCGGGUACAUGUGAAAUCAUGACUCUGGACAGGGACAGCAGUCAGCCAAGGAGGACCAUCGCCCGGCAGACGGCCAGGUGUGCCUGCAGGAAGGGCCAGAUUGCCGGCACGACCAGAGCCAGUCCAGCAUGUGUGGAUGCGCACAUUGUCAGGAGUAGACAGUGGUGUGAGAUGAUGCCUUGUUUGGAUGAUGAAGGCUGUGACCUAUUGGUAAACGGAACGGGCUGGACAUGUGCACAGCCAGGAGGCCGAGUGAAAACAACCACAGUAUCCUGACGCCAGUGGGGGACGGUUUUCCCAAGAGAGGCGCAAUGUAUGGAAGCUCCUCAUCAUUCUCCAAAGCUACAGCGGGGCGAGGGAGGGGAGCAUUCAUCAUAGUCCUGUUAGCUCUGUCUGUCAGUCUCUCCAUUAGUCCUUCAGUCUCAUAAGAUAAGGGGCGAGGAACUCUUGUCACGACAUAUACAUGGACCAUGAGGAACGGAUCCCCCCUGUGCUGUCAAUCAAAGUUGGAACCAGCCAACAUUUAGUUUGCUGAUGCCAAAACAAUGGCAAAUGAUCGGUUGCAGGAUAGUUUGUGACCUGGAUUGUGAAUCGUGUACGGAUCUACGAACUUUUACAGACCAAAGAAAUAAAGACUAAUUUUCUGUGGGGAAGGAUUUCCAAUACGAACAUGAAUGCACACAUCAGCUGCUUCAGCUUCAAAUGCAAGGAAAAAAACACAUACCUGAGCUCUGUAAGGAGCUCUCCCAACCAAGCACAUGCAAAAUGGACAACAAAGACAUUUGCGAUAAAAUUGUCGACUUUUCUUCGAUUGUAGAUCUGCUGCCAUUGUUGUGAACUGAACUGAAAUCAGUCAGGAUUUGGAAACGUAGCGAACGUGGCAGGGGAUUUGUCAAAACCGAACAUUAUCUACCUGACCUGAAGAGACUAGCGAAGACUUGCGCUUCGGGAGAGACCAUCCGAUGUAUUUUCAGAGUUACAGUUAUAAAUAUAUAUUUAACAGUUUUAUAUGAUGUACCUUUGUAGCGAACCUUAUUUAACACUGACAGUGUGAUCCUAUUCAUAAAGGGUGAAUUGAAAACAGUCAUGUCCUGGAAAGUUAUUUACGCAUUGCUUUCUUCGCAAAUGAGCACAGGAAGCAAAAUAGUGUACUUGUGUAUUUGUGAAUAAACUUUUGUUUUGUAACAGCAUUUAACAAUAUACACACACACACACGUAAAAAGCAACUGUAAUCCACCUUGACAAGGUUAUAUACAUCAGUAUACAGCUAUGGGUAAAAUGUGUUUUACCGCAGAGAUUGUACACUGGCUAAUUCAUCUUAUAAAAACUGUUUAUGUGUCAGUCCUUUUGUGAUAUCUGUCAUAUCGCGACGGUCACCCCAUUAUGAUAAUGGCCCUUAUGAGAUAAUGGCCCGUCCGCCACAACGAGCGCCGUAUCCUGUGUGGUUUCUCUUAGACCAUUACUCUGCCCUUGUUGGCCCCUCUCCUCCUCUCUCAGCGUCGAGCCUGUGGAGGAAUGCUGCUGUCAGCCAGGCUUCAAGCUUCAUUUAACAUCACUAACAGCCUGCAUUACACACGGCGUCUCUCAGCUACAGCUGCAGUGCCCCACAAUAUCACCCACCUCACGGCUCGGCCCAAAAGUACCCGGAGUGUUUAUGAGGGUUUGAAGGAGAAUGAUGUUGACUUUAUUGAGGCUUUUAAUAAGAUCUUAACAACAUACAUUAAUCAUUUACUUCAGUUGUAUGUGGAAAAAAGUGUCCCUUCAUACUUAAACCUGAAGUUAAAUAUGCUAAGAUGUUAAAAUUUCAGUUUAAUAUGCGGAGACUACUAUAAGUAAGCCAUUUGUAGGCUGAUUUCCCUGUGAAGUGUAAACACUGUGACCAACCGUGGUGUUUAAAAAAAAAACAAUUCUGUUUGACAAUCCCGACCAGCCUGACACGGCAACAGUGGCAUGACCAAUGGUGUGAGUUUGGGGCGGAGCUAAUGGUUUGAAUUCUUUUGGUUUCAUUGUCACUUUUAAGAAUAUAAUUUAAGUUAGUAAAUUAUUAACAUAAUAUGAAACAAUAUGGCACAUCAUACUUUAAAGUGGUGUUAAAAUACCUCUUUGGACACUAAUAUUUGUGCUGUUUUAAAAUGUUUCUCUGUUGCUGAAAAUGUUGGCACCUGCCUUACAUAGCAACCGUGUUUCAACCAAUGGUGUGAAUUUGGG